UGACGUAGCGUACGUUUGUAAACAUCCGUUAGGACAUUUAAACCGUGUGAGCUGUCUGUCAGAGACCUCGCGGACGGUAAGACACCGGUUUUCUCUCGCGCGCCGCCGCCUUCUUAUCACACACACCGGGACACGUGCACGGUAAAAGUCGGUGUUCGGUCUGAAAGCGGAAGCGGCCGGUGGAGUUUUUCAUGAACUGUUAGCUGUUAGCAGGGGCGGAGGCGAGUGGUCGGGGUGAAGCAUUAAAAUCAGCUUUUGUUACCGAAAAUCAGAGCGUCGGCCAAAAGAGCCACGCAGGACGGAAACAACGGGGAUAUUUAUCACGUCUGUCUUUGAAGACAGACACGGGAAGCAGUUUGUCCUUGGGUGACGUAUCCAGGCUGGGUCCGUGGGGACCCCACUGUUCGUGUUUCUCUUUCGGUUUGACGUGGGAGCCCUUCACCUUCGUCUCACAGUCCUUUGUGUCCUGGUUUCCAAACUUUUCGCUUUUUUUCUGCUUAUUUUGUGUGAAGUCUUCAUUAUUUGGCAGCUGGAUCUUCUCGUCGCUACUCUCUCGGAGGUCUUUUUCUUUCUUUUCUCGCUCAUUUCAGUCAUUUUGUCUCUUUUUCAGCUCACAGGCUCAUCUUGAACCUUUCUGUCUUUGUGAUGUCAUAAAAAACAAACCUGCAUUUUAUUUCGCUUUUCCUGCGUCUGUGCUUUGCAACAUGUUUGAUGAAGAAUCUCAGGCUUCACUGUGAUUUGUCUUCAUCCUUCACUCGACCUCCACAGUGUGAGUUAAAAGUCUGAGGUCUUUAAUCUGUGACUCAUUUCUCCAUCGCUGUCGGCUCUUUCCUCAGGCUCUUCCACUCAAUCCGACUCUAUUAUGCAGCAUGUGUGUGGGAGGACUCCACCAGUGUUUUUUCUCUGUGAAGGAGGCCCCGCCCUGACGGCAGCCGAAGGCACAGCCCCACCUCGCAACUUUGCCGAGAUGCUGCCGACAGAAAUGAGCGUGAGGAUCUUUGGCGAGCUGGACGCGGCGAGCCUGUGCAGCGCGGCGAGGACCUGCAGGCUGUGGCAUCAGAUCAUCGAGCAGAGCGAGCAGCUGUGGAGGAAGCAGUGCCUGAUGGUCCGAGCCAUCUGCCAGAGGGAGGUCGACAGCGACCGGAGACACGGCCUCUCCUGGAAGCUGAUCCUGGUGAGGAACUACAUCCGCAGCCUUGUGAAGAAAGACUGGCUGAUUGGACGGUUCAGCCACGUGAGGUCGGCGGACGAGCUGAGCGGCAGGAAGCUGACGCCUCUGGACACGGAGACCUGGGGCGAGAUCCUGCAGGCCGAGCUGGAUCGAUGACGGCGUUCCAGUUUUAUCAAAGCACCUCGAGCACUUCGGUUUUUUAACUCUAAUAUAUUCCCUCUGCAGUUUGUGUUUCACAGGAAACGCAAACUUUUGUACAUACUUUUAAAAUUUUUAUAGAAAAAAAUCACAGAGAAGCAAAGUGAAUUUUUUAUUUUUAAAUUUGAGCCUUUUUGUUUUGGGUUCGUGUAAAUAUGACGAUGAUUCAAUAAACCAUCUUCGUGAGGUU